CCACCCACAUGCCAUAUCGCUGUCUAUCUUGAACAGAUGUCGAUGACUUACCUCUCUUUGCCUGCUUUCUCGAGAUCUUGAACCAUUUGCUGCUUCAUUUCGCUGUCUAUCUGCCGCAGUCUGUUUGCGAAUUUUGACCUAGCCUGUUUGAAUCCAUCGCCAUGUCUUACCCGCCUCCACCAAGCUUCGGGCAGUCGCAAGGAGGAUACUAUCCUCCACCUCCAGAAAACGGUCAUGCCUAUCCUCCUCCACCGAUCUCGCCUCCCGCGACAACAAACUACUUCCCACCUCCGCCAUCCGGACCAUCACCCGCUCCCAAUCCAGCGUACCCCCCUCCGCCAGUAUCACAUGUAUCACAGACUCCCUCCCCUCCUCCUCUACGACAACCGACUGCCCAGCGACCGUUCAACUAUGCUGCAGUGCCAGCCUCUGCACCUGCACACAGAACCACAUUUGACCAUGCCGCGCUUCACAAUCGCCAACCUUCAUAUACAGGGCCUCCACCGCCUGAACCAGAGUCAUACCCUCAGGACGGGAAACUGCUCACUUCUCCCAGAAUGCAGCAGUUGACACAAGAGUUUUCAAACGUGAUGAAAGCACCUGCAGGGCCCCGACUGACAGGUGUACCAGAGGCCGGUCAGUUUGUAGGCGUGCAGGCAACGGCGUCGGAUGAUGUGGGAACUUUCAACGGCGGCUCCUACCGCAUCUCACAUCGAGACACAAACUCAAUCAUAACCGUACAGUUGGCGAUGGGAUGCCCUAUCACGGCGAAACCCGGAGCCAUGAUCGCCAUGUCACCGUCUAUCACGCUGAAAGGAGCCAUCAAAUUCAGCGUUAAGAAACUGCUGAUUGGAGGCGAGAUGGCCCAUUCGACGUUUACCGGUCCAGGAGAGCUGCUUCUUGCGCCGAGCACGUUGGGUGAUAUCUCGAUACUUCGCAUGAGCGGCAACGAGACAUGGAGCGUCGGUCGAGAUGCAUUUCUAGCUUGCACGCAGGGCGUGAUCAAAGAGUACAAGAACCAGGGGCUUAGCAAGGCCAUGUUCUCUGGGGAAGGUCUGUUCGUCUAUAAAAUCUCGGGUACCGGUCUUAUGUGGGUUUCUUCGUUUGGGGCAAUUCUGAAGAAAGAGCUCGUCGAAGGUGAGAGGUAUAUCAUUGACAAUGGCCAUCUUAUUGCAUGGAAUUGCAAAUAUGUCCUGGAACGAGUCGCGAGCGGCGGGAUCAUUUCUGGCCUGUCCAGCGGAGAAGGCUUGGUCUGUAAGUUCACGGGUCCUGGGACAGUCUAUAUGCAAACGAGGAAUGCGGCGGCCUUUUCGGCGUAUAUGAGUGGACAGACAUACAAGGAGUGAUGAUCGAGUCAUCUAGAUAUGGCAUAUUUGACGAGCAAAGCAUGGCGUUUCAGAGACAAUUCUUAUUCAUUGAUUGUUUGAGGUCUCGCUCUUCGUUCCUGCAUGAUGCUAAUAACCAUAUUUGAGGCCGGCUCGGGAACGUGACUCCCAAUGAGUCGUAGUAACAGCGAACCUCUUCUUCUCCAAGACAGAUGUGAUCUUGAGGAUCGUUGCCUCUACAAUCCGUCUGUUCCACAUAUCAUCCACUCCGAGCCACAUAUACACAUACACACUUCUAACCUUGCAUCCUCUUACGUUUGCCGACUUGUGCCGUGAAACCAGACUUGAUGGCCGUGACCGAUCUCCUUGAACCGCAAGAGUUGCACGUGACGAAAUAUAAUCUGUUCUC